AUGUUCUACAAAGGAUCCCUCCAGGAGGGCAUCUCAUCCGCCGUCGGCCAGCAGAAGCUCGUCUUUUGCUUCGUCACCGGUCAGCCGUCCUCCGUCCUCCCUUCCCCCUCGCGUCGCGUAUGGCUGCUGACCAAAAAGGCAGAUGGCAACGAGGAGAGCGAGCAAUGGGAGUCCGAGUUUCUGCAGGACAGCUCCGUCAAGGAGCUCAUCGAGACGCGGGCCGUCGCCUUGCGUCUGCAGGCGGGCUCGGACGAGGCCGGAUACCUCGCCCAGAUCUUUCCUCUGCCGCGCGUGCCCACCAUCGUCAUCAUGAAGCACGGCGAGCUUAAGGAAUACUUUGCUCCGGGCACGAGCAGGGAAGACUUUGUUCGCCGCGUUCAGCAUGCCUUUGACGUAACGCGCCCCCCCGCCCCCCCCGCGGCGGCCGAGGCGGCCUCCAACCCGCUGUCCGAGGCCGAGGCGAUACAGAGGUCGAGGAUAGAGACGGUGCUGGCCAACCGCGCCGCCAGGCUGCGGGCGGAAAAGGCAGAAGCCGAUCGCAAGGCGAAGGAGGAGCGCGAGAAGAGAAGGGACAAGGCCAAGGCGGAGGCGGAGGCGGGCGCCAACACGGAUGCCGCCAAGGCGCACAAGCAAGCCGAGCUGGUCAAGACGAAGCGCCAGCAGCAGCUGGAGGAGCGCAAGCGAAUCAUGCAGCGCAUCGAGGCCGACAAGGCCGAGCGGCGGGAGCGCGAGGCCAGGAGGGUGCAGCACCGCAUCGACAGCAUAAAGGCGAGCGAGGUGGCGGCGGCGCUCGUGAACGCGCCCGAGACGAAGCUGCCGUCCAUGUCGAAACCGGGCGAGAUGACCUUUAUCCAGGCCCGGCUGUUGGACGGUUCGAUGGUGCGAUCGCGCUUCAAGACGACGAGCUCGUUGCGGCAAGUGAGGGCCUGGGUGGACGGACACGAAGGGGAUCAAAACGCACCCUACACCUUUCGACACAUUCUCGGUCCGAGCGCCAACAGGUCAAUCGACGAAACGGAGGAAGAAAAGGACCUCGGCGAGCUCGGCCUGUCGCCGUCAUCGACCCUGUACCUCGUCUCGGUCGAUGGAUUCUCGUCGGCGUACGAAUCCGACUCGCCGAGCGUCUGGUCGAGGAUGCUGCAGGCCAUCGUCGGCUUCUUCACGUGGUUGAUGACGCUCGUCAGCGCCGGCCCGCCGAGGACCGGCCCGCCUCCGGAUCCGACCCCUACGCCGGAAAGCUCUGCCGUGGCGGCUCAGGAGAAGGAGGGUGGCAUGCGGCGGAGGAAAUCUCCCAAGGACGAGCAGAGGGAUUACCAGCUCUACAACGGCAAUUCGCUGAAUUUUGAGCCACGACCAGAGGAUGAAUCGUAG